ACACACACACCAGGCACAGGAACACAAGACAUCAAGAGCAAUUGAAUUGCAAACCUGUCUCUCGUUUGGGGAAUAAUACAAUACAAUCUAAGCUGAAGGAAGCUGUUGGCGAUGGCACUGGGGAGCUGUGGGGCAGUUUUCUCGUUGUUGUUGCUGACCAUCUCUGCUCAAAUGCAAGAUGUUGGCGUUGGAGGGGAGCUGGGGACUACUCCUGCCUCUCAUCUGCCGGCGAGGGCCUGGGCAACCGAGACCCGGGGCGGGGAGACAAGCGAGAUGGGGCUGGAGGCUGUCAAUGACCACAGCAGCCCUGGGGUCAACUUGUUCGACUCCCUAGUCCAGCAGAAGAAGGGCCUGCUCUCUCGGAGAGCACCAGGACCACCAUCAUCCAUCCCGGUUCCUCCUGAGAAGUCUUGGAUUGAGCCAGUGUCCGCCACCUCCUCCCCAACAACCUCUGUUGGCCCCCUGCGGCCCACCCCAGCCCCCGCAAAGCCCCCCUCCCCCUCCUCCAACUCCGAUUCAAAGCCUUCUCCCGAGGGAUCCCUGGCAGUGCCCGAUGGUCCUGGGGUUCAGGAAAACCUGGUUGUCAAGGCGACCGAAGCUCACACGAUGAAAGCCGCUGCCCGUCGCAACUGGGAUGGUCCCACCCAACACCCCCCUGUUCGGAUUGGUUCCUCGGGCACGGUCAUGCCUGGCGAGGUGUCUGCUCGGCCCCGCGCAGGGGAGAACGCCAACCCUAUGGGGGGGGCCACCCCUGGCCCUCCCACUGCCUGGCUCACUCCCGCCUCACCCACAGGCCGGGCAGAGACACCAACAGAGGAGAAAAUGGAGGCCACCACCACAACCAUUGUUACCACAACGACCAUCACCACACUACAGACAGCAGCUCCGUGUGGUGUAAGUUUCUCAGACCCCGAAGGCUACAUUGAUUCCGCGGAUUUCCUCCCGAUGUCUUCAUUUGGACCCCUCGAGUGCACAUUCAACGUGACCGUCUACACUGGUUACGGAGUAGAGCUCCAGAUUAAGAGUCUGAACCUGUCGGAGGGCGAGUUGCUUUGCAUCCGCGGCUUGGAGGAGGAGAACUGGGUCCUUCUCGCCAAUCAAACGCUGCUCGUCGAAGGCCAGGUGAUCCGUAGCCCAACCAACACCAUCUCCACCCACUUCCACUCUCUCCAGUACGGAGGCAUUGGGUCGUUCCAACUCCACUACCAACCGUUCAUGCUGAGCUGCAGUUUUCCGCGGAGGCCAGACUUUGGUGACGUGUCAGUGAUGGACCUUCACGCUGAGGGCUCUGCCCAUUUCCGCUGUAACCCUGGUUACCAUCUUCAGGGCCUCAAGACACUAACCUGCAUGAAUGCAUCCCGGCCCCACUGGAGCGCCAAGGAACCUACCUGUGAAGCGCUCUGUGGUGGAGUGGUGAGGAACGCCUCCAUUGGAAGGAUUCUGUCCCCCAAUUACCCGGCCAACUACAGCAGCAACCUGACCUGCACCUGGACCAUCGAAGGGAUGAGAGGACAGAAGCUUCAUCUGCACUUUGAGAAGGUUGCCCUGGCCGGGAAAGAAGACAGGUUGAUUGUGCGCAAUGGGGAGCAGGGGACAUCGCUGAACAUGUACGACUCCUCUGAGAAUCCAGUCUUUCCUCUCGAGGGCGUGAUCAGCGAGGGGCCCAAGGUCCACAUCAAGUUCAUCUCCGAUGAAGAAAGGACAGGAGGCGGAUUCAACAUCCGAUAUGAAGCCUUUGAGCACGGCCAUUGCUACGAGCCCUACAUGCAGAAUGGGAAUUUCACCAGUACGGACCACUCCUACAGCGUGGGAUCAGUGGUGGAGUUCACCUGUGACCCUGGCUACACCCUGGAGCAAGGCUCCGCCAUCAUUGAGUGCAUUGACAUCAGGGAGUCCUACUGGAACGAAACCGAGCCACUUUGCAGAGCGCUGUGCGGAGGGGAGCUCACCAGCCAGGCCGGAGUCAUCCUUUCUCCAAACUGGCCUGAACCAUACGAUGAAGGGAAGGACUGCAUCUGGAAAAUCCACGUGGGGGAGGAGAAGCGGAUCUUUCUGGAUGUUCAACUGAUUAACCUGAGCAACAGUGACAUCCUGACGCUGUACGAUGGCGAUGACCUGACGAUGAGGAUUCUGGGACAGUACGUUGGGAGCAACAUCCCGUUGAAAGUCUACUCCUCGACCUCUGAUCUCACCAUCCGAUUCCAUUCGGAUCCGGCCGGCCUGGUUUUCGGGAAAGGACAAGGAUUUAUCAUGAACUAUUAUGAGGUUUCCCGGAACGAUACCUGCUCGGAUCUGCCAGAGAUUCCCAACGGCUGGAAAACCACCUCACACAGGGAGAUGGUCCGCGGCACCACCAUCACCUACCAAUGCGACCCGGGCUACGACAUUGUCGGGAGCGACACCCUGACCUGCCAGUGGGACCUUCUGUGGAGCAGCGAGGCGCCGUUCUGUGAGAAAAUCAUGUACUGCACCGAUGCUGGGGAGGUUGAACACUCCACGCGCUCCAUAUCAGACACCAAACUGCUGGUGGGAUCCACCAUUCAGUACAGCUGUGAUCCGGACCACAUCCUGGAUGGAAGCGCCUUGUUAACCUGCUACAGCCGAGAGACCGGUACCCCUCUCUGGACAUCCAGACUGCCCCGCUGCGUCACCGAGGAGUCUGUUGCGUGCGAGAACCCGGGGCUCCCAGAGAACGGCUACCAGAUCCUGUAUAAACGGCUCUACCUCCCGGGGGAGACACUGACCUUCAUGUGUUACGAAGGCUUUGAGCUGGUGGGAGAGCUCACCAUCAAGUGUCUGAUGGGCCACCCCUCCCACUGGAGUGGGGCGCUGCCACAGUGUAAAGCUCCUCAAUAUGGGUUUCAACACACGCUGGAAGCAGAGGCAGCAGCUGAGAGUGCGUUGGAGGGAGGUAACAUGGCUCUGGCUAUCUUCAUCCCCAUCCUCAUCAUCUCUAUCCUCCUGGGGGGAGCGUACAUCUACAUCACCAGGUGUCGGUAUCACUCCAACCUGAGACUCCCCCUCAUGUCUUCUCAUCCGUACAGUCAGAUCACAGUGGAGACGGCCUUUGACAACCCCAUUUAUGAGACGGGGGACACCAGAGAAUACGAAGUCUCCAUAUGAACAAAAGCCAAGGGAGAGGCAGAUCAUCGAAAGCCCAUCACAACUGUCUGACUCCUAAAGGAACCUAUCUGCGAGGUUGACCCAUGUCUGCACCUUGAAUCCAGUGUAGAAAUGACUUGACCCGACAGACAGACUCAGACACACAGACAGACAGACAGACAGACAGACAGACAGACCCACACAGACAGUCCUAGUCCCAAUCCUAGACACUUGUUCCAUAUUUUAUCACCAGCCGUGUGUCUCAGUAUUCACAACACUUCCAGCUCAGUGUUACCAUCAAUUCUCCAGCUUAAGACAAAAAAAAACACCUUUCGUUCCUGCUUAAAAGAUUAAGAGGUAAA